AAUAGAUAUACUCCAACGACGGCGCAAAAUUGGCGCCAGGUCGCGCUUCCCACGUGUGAGUUGGCCUCAUAUCUGAUCCGAUUCAAUUCCAAUAACGAAGAAUUGAGCAUAUAUUCGCCCAUCGGCCCCUGGAUUCCAUCUCGGGGCCGCCAGGAGGAGGAGGAGGAUUUGGAAUUAGCCAUCCGGGUGGGACGAGAGAGAGAGAGGGAGAUCGACGAGGAGGAGGAAAUGAUCCCUUCUUCGUCGAGGAGUAGCGCAUCGGAUGGCGCGAGGAAGAGAGGGAGAGGGAAGAGGGUGGAUUCCUCGGCCUCUGCUACCGCCUCCGCAUGCGAUUGGACGGACGCCUCGUCGGAGGAGGAGGAAAGGGCCGUGGGAGUCUUCCGGAAGGCCCUGAUCGAUCGGAACCUGCUGCCCGCUCGCCAUGACGAUUACCAUACCAUGAAGCGGUUUUUGAAGGCACGAGGGUUCAAUAUCGAGAAAGCAAUCCGAAUGUGGUCAGAGAUGCUUCAGUGGAGGAUGGACUUUGGUGCUGAUACUAUCCUGCAAGACUUUGUGUUCAGUGAAUUGGAUGAAGUUCUUCGUUACUAUCCACAUGGUUUUCAUGGUGUGGACAAAGAUGGUAGACCUGUGUAUAUCGAGAGACUUGGAAUGGUCGACCCCAACAAACUUCUUACUGUCACCACAGUUGAAAGAUUUAUAAAGUACCAUGUUCAGGUGAUAGAGAAGAUCCUUUCUGAGAAAUAUCCAGCAUGCUCUCUUGCAGCCAAAAGGCAUAUUGACACAAUGACAACAAUUUUAGAUGUACAAGGAGUGAACUGGAUGAGUGUUGGCAAAUUAGCUCGUGAUGUUGUUCUUCGAAUCCAGAAAAUUGACAGUGACAAUUACCCUGAGAUACUGCAUAAGUUGUUUAUUGUUAAUGCUGGCAGUGGUUUCAGAUUACUUUGGAACACUAUAAAAGGCUUAAUUGAUCCAAGGACAACAGCAAAGAUAGUGGUAUUAGGAGAUAGAUAUCAGAAUACAUUACUUGAAUUAAUUGAGAUGAGUCAACUACCUGAUUUUCUUGGUGGCUCUUGCACUUGUUCAAACGAGGGAGGUUGUCUUACAUCUAAUAAAGGACCAUGGAGUGACCCUCAGUUCAUGGAUGCAGUUCAUUCUGGAAUCACAAGCUCGAGAAAUAGAGACAAUCCAAUUGAUGAAAAGAAAUUGACUCGUCAGGUCCCAAUGUAUAAAAACGGUAACAUUCAAUUAAAAUCUGAUUCAAAAAUUUCUGUCUCCCCUAUUCAGUCAAUUCCUCUGCUGGACACACAGUCAAAUCCAGUGUAUGAAAAUUGUUCUCCGAUCAGGACAAAUGAACACUUGCCUUCUAACAGGUCAGCUACUCGAACCAAACUCCGUAAUAGACCUGGAGGUGGUUCAGUUGAUAGGUUCCUUGUGUUGGUGACUGAAGCUGUCAGCAAGAUCAUUAUGAAACUGUUAGCAGUUUUGUAUGUUUUCUGUAGACUACCAAAUGUAGUGGUCAAUGUGAGGUCAUCAGAUCAUCAAAGAUUAGAUCCAGCAAAUGCAAAUUCUAUAAACCACCUUACCAGACAUGAUGUCCCAGAGGACUGUGUCCUACAAUUCCUGGAGAGGCUGCAGAAGUUGGAAGAACUGGUCACUGAGAUAAACAGAAAACCUACGAGGAUUCCUGAAGAAAAAGACGUCAUGAUUCGAGAGUCAUUAAACCGCAUUCAGUCUAUAGAGCAUGACCUACAGAAGACAAAGGAUGUGGUGAAAGUGACUUCACAAAAGCAAAUUGAACUGGAAGAGUCACUGGAUAUCUUGAGAGAGACGGCCUCACAAGUCAAGUCGUGCUGGUUUAAGGACUGUAAAUACAUUCCUGGAGGGACGUCAGAAGAUUCAUUUUAAGUAUCUCUACAGCAUGGAAACGUUGUUCAGAUUCAUCAAUUGGUAUACUUGCUGGUAAUCUCAAGGUUUUCUCAAUAUUUAAGCGGUAGCCUCUCAGCUUUCUGGUAGUUGGUCUGCUUUAGAACUGAGCAAAGUAAAGCUUAAGCUUGUGCCAUUUACUGCCGAACAAUUUAUAGAAUACAGAUUAUAGGUCGGUAGAAAUAAAGAACAGAAUGAAAUGAGAUGUGUUCACAAGAAAUAAACAAUGAGCCAAUCCUCAAGCUGUACAUUCUUCAUCAAUAUUAAUGAAACUCAACUGAUAUGUGAUUUGUCACUGUAA